AUGUCAACAUUAUCCGUACCUGCGCUGCCUUUCGUCAAGCCAGACUCCUCCCCAAAGCGAGCGCGAAGCCCUGCGCCGUAUGCAGACACGUUCACCUCAAUAACCUCCUCUUAUGCUCUUCUCAGUCCCCAGCAGACCGCCGACAGGUUACAAACCUCUCUCACUCAUGGACUGUCUCAAAGCGAGGCGCAGGCCAGAUUAGCCAGGGACGGUCCAAAUGAACUACCACAUGAAGAGGAGGAACCUUUGUGGUUAAGGUUUUUGAAGCAAUUUAAGGAGACACUGAUACUCCUGUUGCUUGCCUCGGCGGCCAUCUCGUUGUUUAUUGGCAACAAGGAUGACGCGGUCAGUAUCGCACUUGCGGUUACCAUUGUCGUCACCGUUGGUUUUGUUCAAGAGUACAGGUCUGAGAAGUCCCUGGAGGCGUUGAACCGCCUCGUGCCUUACCAUGCUCAUGUCCGGCGGACUGGGCUGCGGCCGUGGAUGCAAGCCUCGAGACUCCCUAUUCCGGAAGACGAAAUUGAGCUAGAACCUUUAAGCAAUGGUUUAACAUCCGAGGACAAAACGUCUGCUACCAUCCCUGCCUCACAACUGGUGGUGGGCGAUCUGGUCAUCUUUUCCACUGGCGACCGCAUUCCAGCCGAUAUCAGAAUCACACGGUCGUCUGAACUGACCAUCGACGAGUCCAAUUUAACCGGCGAAAAUGAGCCCGUGGAGAAGCAUGCCGCAGCCCUUGAUAGAGCCGCUCCUAGCUUCGCCCACCAUGGGACUCCGGAGCCCCUGAAUGCCGCCGGCACCGUUGGUGCAGACGUGCGUUUGAAUGACCAGCACAAUAUCGCAUUCAUGGGGACAUUGGUCAGAUCGGGCCACGGAGAAGGCGUGGUGAUCGCGACAGGAGGGAAUACCGAGUUUGGUACGAUUUCUUUGUCGCUGCAAGAGAUCGAGGCACCUCGAACCCCUCUACAGCAAUCCAUGGAUCUCCUCGGAAAGCAACUCAGCUACAUGUCAUUUGUUGUCAUCGGCAUCAUCAUGAUAAUCGGGCUUCUGCAAGGCAAGAAACCGCUGGACCUCUUUACUAUUGGGGUGUCCUUGGCUGUUGCUGCGAUCCCUGAAGGAUUGCCAAUCAUUGUUACCGUCACCCUGGCUUUGGGCGUACUGCGUAUGGCGAAGCGCGGCGCAAUUGUGCGGAAACUGCCCAGCGUUGAGACCCUUGGAUCGGUAAACGUAGUAUGCAGUGACAAAACAGGGACGCUAACUAUGAACCACAUGACGGUCACGGAAAUGUGGCACUUUGAUAUGCCAAAGCCCUUUGGCGUCGACACCAGUGCGGAACCAAGUGCUGCUACCAGGGCUAUUCUCCGAAUCGGGAAUAUCUCCAACAACGGUCGACUGUCGCACACGACCUCCGGAACUCCAGCAACUGCAGCCUCUGCUGCUGUUCUUUCCUCAACUAGAGACCGUUCGUCCACGAACACCAGAAGCAGAUGGUUGGGACAACCCACCGAUAUUGCGAUGCUGGACCUACUAGAUGCCUUUGGAGAAGAUGAUAUCCGGGAACAAAUCGGCCAUCGAACCGCUGAAACCCCCUUCAGUUCGGAGAGAAAAUGGAUGGGUGUGGUCAUAGGGAAUGCGCUUGGAGAGCUCGCAAACGACCAUGGUACCAGCACUGAGACGGCUUACAUCAAAGGUUCCAUCGAACAGGUUCUCAGUCGCUCCGACACUUAUUUGACACGCGACGGCCAGGAGGUCAUUCUUGAUGAGACUCGUCGUCAACAGGCCCUCGCAGCUGCCCAGACAAUGGCUGAAGAAGGCCUCCGAGUCAUUGCUUUCGCAAGUGGCGUUGUCAGGAACAAGCAGAGGCAGCCCAGCAGAAGCCCGACUCCGUCACGCGCUGACAAGAAGCCUGAGGAGACGGAUAUCUUCCAAGGCUUGUGCUUUGCAGGCCUGGUCGGGAUGAAUGAUCCUCCUCGCAAAGAUGUGCACCGGUCUAUCAGGCGGCUGAUGUCCGGAGGUGUCAAGGUCAUUAUGAUCACUGGCGACGCAGAAACCACGGCCGUAGCUAUUGCGAAGAAUCUAGGCAUGCCGAUCAAUCAAGGCUCGUCGGCUUCAAGAUCGGUUCUUCGAGGUGAUGAGCUUGAUCGCAUGUCGGAACAGGAACUGGCAGAAGCUAUCGGCAAGACGACCGUAUUUGCUCGGACCAGCCCGGACCACAAAAUGAAGAUUAUUCGGGCUCUUCAAGCACGAGGAGAUGUCGUUGCCAUGACAGGUGAUGGAGUAAAUGAUGCUCCCGCGCUCAAAAAGGCCGACAUCGGAAUUGCGAUGGGAAUGCUAGGAACUGACGUGGCGAAAGAAGCUGCAGACAUGAUAUUGACUGAUGACGACUUUUCUACCAUUCUUAGAGCCAUCGAGCAGGGCAAAGGCAUCUUUUACAACAUCCAGAACUUCAUCACCUUCCAAUUAAGCACGAGUGUUGCAGCCCUGACACUGGUCCUGCUAAGCACGAUGUUUGGCUUCAAGAAUCCGCUCAAUGCUAUGCAGAUUCUUUGGAUCAACAUUCUCAUGGAUGGACCGCCCGCGCAGUCACUUGGCGUUGAACCGGUCGAUCCUCGGGUUAUGACCCAGCCUCCGAGGCCCCGUAACGCCAACGUGCUUACCAAACGUCUCAUACGCCGUGUCCUCACGUCUGCUUUCAUCAUCAUGAUAGGAACGUUGACGGUAUACAUCCAUGAAAUGGCCGUUGUCGAUGACCCAUCCGCUGGGGUUACUGAUGACGGCGCUCCUCUUCGCACUCGCAUGGUCACCAAACGAGACACAACCAUGACCUUUACGACCUUUGUCCUAUUCGACAUGUUCAAUGCACUCACCUGCCGUUCCGAGGCUAAGUCGGUCCUGUUUGGCGAGAUCAAACUCUUUGGGAACAAGAUGUUCAACUACGCUGUAGCUGGCAGUCUGGCUGGACAGCUCUGUGUCAUAUAUUUGCCAUUUCUGCAACGUGUCUUCCAGACCGAAGCCUUGGGCCUGGGAGAUCUCUUAGCGCUUGUGUGUAUAGCAAGCACUGUUUUCUGGGCGGAUGAAUUUCGGAAGUGGAUCGAGCGCAGGAGGGCAGCCGGAUACUUGCCCAGUGUUGGGUAUUCGGCCAGUGUAUAG